GAAAAGAGAAUGAUGUAAUCAGUAGGCCUACUCCAGCACAUCAUAUCACUGUAUCUGUCACUUGAGCCCUUGGAUGCGCCUCUGUCCUGACAGCCUGGUCGACUCGCCUACACUGACAGUUGUGUUGCACUCCCCCAUCUGGAAUAGACAAGACGCAGCGCGCCUCAGAAAAAGAAACUGACGUGUUUUGCGCAUUUCCUGCACCAGUGUUUAGACGGUCGGUGGAGAAAAGGGAGGUGUGCAGGAAACCAAGAACAGCAACGGCGAGAAAACAGCCUGGGAGUUUAAGGAGCAAACUGAAACCAAGUACAGCAACGGCAAGAAAACAGCCUGGGAGUAUAAGGAGCGAACAGAAACCAAGAAAACCACAACAGAGUCGACCUGCAACUAUACACUGCUUGAGCAAUUCACAAGUCGGGUAGCCGGUUUGGGAAACAUCCCAAAUGCUCGGCGAGGAGGCAGCAGUUUCUUCCAACGGUGGAAUACGAGUGUUUAUAAAGCCUAGUGGAGUUGCCGAGGAUAGUUUUGAUAGAUUUUGCUCUGUCGUGUUGCGGUUUGGGUAGGCUGUUGACAUUCCAACUGCUGCAUGGUCGUAUUUUUCCUUCAUAUAAGCUUUUCAAGACGUGUAUUUAUUCUAUUCAAAAGAAAGGCUUUGUCUGGUUAAACGCCAAAUGUGGAUUAUCAUUGGGAAAACCAAGACUGCCAGAGAGCAAAAACGAGACAAUUUACUCUCACUAGACUGUUUCGGGAGGACUGAUUUGCAUCCGAUUGGUAGGCUAUGUGUGUACUAGAGUGAGACGGGACAGCAUUUUCCCGUUACAUUCAAGUCUCAACCCAUUCAAACCGUGGUCUUAAUUUGAGGAUUCAAACAAUACAUAAAACUAGGACAAAUGAUUUAUGACCAGUUGAAGUGUUUGGGUUAAAGGAUUAUAUUGUAAACAACCACUCUGUUCCAAGUCCUAUUGAGGAGGAUUACAUCACCGCCAUGGUGGUUUUCAAUGGGUUAUUGAAGAUCAAGAUUUGUGAGGCGUUGGACUUGAAACCGACAGCUUGGUCUCUUAGGCAUGCGGUUGGCCCAAAGACCCAGACUUUUCUCUUAGACACAUACAUUGCACUAAACGUGGAUGACUCGCGUGUGGGCCAAACUUCCACCAAACAGAAAACCAACAGCCCUGCGUGGAACGACGAGUUCGUUACAGAGGUGCAUGACGGAAGGAAAAUCGAACUGUCGGUGUUUCACGACGCGCCAAUUGGAUAUGACGAUUUCGUGGCCAACUGCAUCAUACAGUUCGAAGAUAUAUUGCAGAAUGGCAGUAAGCACUACGAGGAAUGGAUUGACUUGGAGCCUGAGGGGAAGGUGUACGUCGUCAUGGACCUGUCUGGAUCCUCUAGUGAAGCUCCAGGCUCCAGUGAGAAUGCUGAGGAGCGUGUGUUUCGGGAGCGCAUGCGGCCUAGGAAGAGGCAGGGUGCCGUACGAAGGAGGGUCCAUCAGGUCAACGGACACAAGUUCAUGGCCACCUACCUGCGGCAGCCUACCUACUGCUCCCACUGCAGAGACUUUAUAUGGGGUGUGAUUGGGAAACAGGGCUACCAGUGUCAAGUGUGCACGUGUGUAGUCCAUAAGCGCUGCCAUGAGCUCAUCAUCACAAAAUGUGCUGGGAUGAAGAAAGACAAAGAGGACACCACACCAGAGGAGGUUGGAUCCCAGCGGUUCAGCGUUAAUAUGCCUCAUAAGUUUGGUAUUCACAACUUCAAAGUCCUAACCUUCUGUGACCACUGUGGAUCGCUACUGUGGGGCCUGCUCAGACAAGGGCUGCAAUGCAAAGUCUGUAAGGUGAAUGUACACAGACGCUGUGAAAGUAACGUGGCUCCUAACUGUGGGGUGGACGCGAGGGGCAUCGCCAAGGUUCUGUCUGACCUGGGGGUCACACCAGACAAGAUCUCCAGCAGUGCCCAGAGGAGGAAAAAGAUAACACAAGAACCCCAGCAGCCGUUACCAUGUACUCCCCAGGCAGAGGAGGACCGAUCCAAAUCAGCCCCCACCUCCCCAUGUGAUCAAGACCUGAAAGAGUUGGAGAACAUACGCAAGGCGCUGUUGUUUGACCAACGUGGACAGGAACACAAGUCGGCCUCGUCAUCUUCUUCCAGCAAGGUGGUGGUGGGCUCAGAGGGGGGCGAGCCCCGGGAGAAUGGAGAGCUCAAGACUGUCCAGACCAAGAGGAUGACGCUGCAGAACUUCCUCUUCAUCAAGGUCCUGGGCAAAGGCAGCUUCGGAAAGGUGAUGCUGGCUGAGCUGAAAGGGACAGAUGAGGUGUAUGCUGUGAAGGUGCUGAAGAAAGACGUGAUCCUGCAGGAUGAUGAUGUGGACUGUACCCUGACAGAGAAACGCAUCCUGGCCCUGGCUAGGAAACACCCCUACCUAACCCAGCUCUUCUGCUGCUUCCAGACCAAGGACCGUCUGUUCUUUGUGAUGGAGUAUGUAAAUGGAGGAGACCUGAUGUUUCAGAUCCAGCGCUCCAGGAAGUUUGACGAGACGCGCUCUCGCUUCUAUGCCGCCGAAGUCACUUCUGCCCUCAUGUUCCUUCACCAACAUGGAGUAAUCUACAGAGAUCUGAAACUGGAUAACAUUCUGUUGGAUGCACAGGGCCACUGUAAACUGGCUGACUUUGGCAUGUGUAAGGAGGGGAUCCUCAAUGGAGUCACCACCACCACCUUCUGUGGGACCCCAGACUACAUCGCUCCGGAGAUCCUACAGGAGCUAGAAUAUGGCCCCUCUGUGGACUGGUGGGCUCUGGGGGUGCUUAUGUACGAGAUGAUGGCUGGCCAGCCCCCCUUUGAGGCCGAUAAUGAGGAUGACCUGUUUGAGUCCAUUCUCCACGAUGAUGUCCUCUACCCAGUGUGGCUAAGCAAGGAGGCAGUCUCCAUCCUCAAAGCGUUCAUGACGAAGAGUCCAAACAAGCGUCUGGGCUGUGUGAUCACCCAGGGCUUGGAGGAGGCCAUCAAGGUUCAUCCCUUCUUCAAGGAGAUGGACUGGGUUCUGCUGGAGCAGAAGAGGGUCAAACCACCCUUCAAACCUCGCAUUAAAACCAAAAGGGACGUGAACAACUUUGACCAGGACUUCACUCGCGAGGAACCUGUCCUCACCCCUGUAGAAGACGCUAUUAUUAAGCAGAUCAACCAAGACGAGUUCAAGGGUUUCUCCUACUUUGGAGGGGAGGAGAAUCUGCCCUAAGGCCUGCACACACACCAACACACACACACACACACCAACACACAAACAAACACGUAUAGACACACAUACAUGCAGGAACACUGACAUACACACACAUUUACGAACACACAUACAAACAUACAUACAUACAUGCAAACCAAUGUAUUUUCUCCCAUGCAGACAAACAGAAUUAUAAAAUACACACAGAGUAAAUUAUUACUUUCACACACUCAUAUAAAACUCCGGUCAUUAGGGCCUCAGAUUAGUACCAACUUCAAAACCUAAAGCAGACCAUCUAUAGCGCUCUACCAGUAUAUCUGUCUGUAUGGCUUGUCUGUCCAUCAGUGCAUGUUUUCUAUGUUACAAACCAAUGUAAUUCAAGAGUAGGUCAGAUAGGAAGCCCAUCUGCUUUAUUAUCAAGGUCAUAUUGGCUGGUCCAGAUCAGAGUGGUGGAUCAAACCAAACUCCUUGUGGUGGAGGGCGGCCCUAGGAUUGGCCCCCUGACACUGAAUAUAGCCUGGUCCUUGCCCCCCUGGCCCAGGCUGAUAACAGUGAUGAAAACUCCUCACAGUCCAGCCCCAGAUUGUCACAAGGCCCUUUCCAGUGGACUAUGAAAUGUACAGGGAAUGUUUGUGUGACGGUGUCAACCUUUUGUGUAUAUAAGGAUUUAAAGGUCAGGGGUUAUGUGUGCUUUGGGCAGGGGUCUUGUUCGACAUGGUCUCCGUACGAUAGGUCAGACUUUCAACUGUUUCGUCAACCAUCCUAGUUCCUCAGUGAGUAUAUGAUACUGAAAUAAUUAUAUUAUAUGAAUCUGUAAUUUCUUAAGCUGUCUUGUAAGUCUCUCAAUGUACUAGAAUGUUCUCCUCCUCUGCCAUGUUUAAACUGGAUGUACUAGAAUGUCCUCCUCUGCCAUGUUUAAACUGGAUGUACUAGAAUGUCCUCCUCCUCUGCCAUGUUUAAACUGGAUGUACUAGAAUGUCCUCCUCUGCCAUGUUUAAACUGGAUGUACUAGAAUGUCCUCCUCUGCCAUGUUUAAAUGCAACAACAACAAAAAAAUCCAUAGAGCCAAUGAUUGUAUUUAAAAAAGCUAAAACCAAUUGGUUCACAGUGUCAAUAAAAAAUAGAAGCCUGUUUCAAAGUUUCCUCAAGAUCAAAACGACGGCAGAAUUAGAACGAGUCCAUGUACAGCACAUCAAAUGCCAGUUGUGUGGCUGCAGAUCAGUUACGUAUUGUAGAUAUGCCCACAGUGUUAUUGUAGUCUAGCUUCAUGUAUUCCAAAUGAAUGUCAUGGGUUUCAAUGUGGACGAAUGUGCUUGUAUGCAUGAGUGAUGGUGGGGAUGCAACUGAAUGUAUCGGGUCUGUGUGUGUGUGUGUGUGUGUGUGUGUGUGUGUGUGUGUGUGUGUGUGUGUGUGUGUGUGUGUGUGUGUGUGUGUGUGUGUGUGUGUGUGUGUGUGUGUGUGUGUGUGUGUGUGUGUGUGUGUGUGUGUGUGUCAGUAAGUAUACUGCACGUACGCUAGUUUGUGAGUGUCUGUUUGUGCGUGUGUGACAUAGGCAGUGGGUUCAUGAGAAGGACCCUCUUGAAGCUUUUACAUUUCAUUGUGUCUGUUUAUUUUAUUGUGUGUUUUAUUUCAUUGUGUGUUUUAUUUGUCGUGAUUUUACUGGAUUGUCUUGUUGCUCAGCGUCUGAAAUCCUGGAUUUCCCUGCUAUGCAACAAGACUCACAAUCAUGUGGGGGAAGGCAUCACCAGAUAGUCGUGUCUUUCCCUCUGUACAGACCACCUUGUAUAUAGAAGCCUGUGGACUUCUUGGAGAAAUUGAGGUAUCAUCCAUUGCAUGGUUAUGCAUAUGAUGUUAUUGUGUAUUACUAGAAUAUGAAAAAGUGACAAUGUCCAUGUGCAAUAUUCUAUGUCCGUCUGUCUGUUUUUGGUUUCCUUUGCUUUCUUGCCAGGUGUCUUCGCUGUUCUUCCUCCCACUGAGUCUUUGCUGCUGUUCUGUAUGGUUUUACAGUAUAUGCAUGGCUGUUUUCAUUUGCCUGUCUUUAACCCCAUUGAUAGCCAUGUCUAUGUGCUUCCUUCAGAAUGCUCCAUCAAACCACCACACCACCCCUCUCCUUGCCUUCUCUCAACUCUUUUGAAGAAAGGUCAACAUUUCCUAUAGUAUAUCUCUUUAAAAAGGUCAACCUUUUCUAUAGCAUACUUCUUUAAAAAGGUCAACAUUUCCUAUAGCAUAUCUCUUUAAAAAGGUCAACCUUUUCUAUAGCAUACUUCUUUAAAAAGGUCAACAUUUCCUAUAGCAUAUCUCUUUAAAAAGGUCAACAUAUCCUAUAGCAUAUCUCUUUAAAUAAGGUCAACAUUUCCUGUAGCAUAUCUCUUUAAAAAAGGUCAACCUUUCCUGUAGCAUAUCUCUUUAAAAAGGUCAACAUUUCCUGUAACAUAUCUCUUUAAAAAGUCAACAUUUCCUAUAUCAUAUCUCUUUAAAAAAGGUAAACAUUUCCUGUAGCAUAUCUCAUUAGAACAUUAAUAUUACCAAAGGUAGUAAAUCUAUUAGAUUCAUGAAGCUUAUAGAAACCAUUGACCUUCUUAAUGCAUUCAAGCCAAAUAACUCUCUGGCCAAGAUACUGUAUGUGUUAUUGUAAGCCUUCACCAAAUCAAGGUAAAGUCAAAUCUACUGUCAUAUUCUGUCAGUAGAACACAAAAAUAACAAUGUUGGUUUGUUAUGAUAUUACAAGUUGUACAUUCCAUUUUAGAGUAAAAACUUGAAAGUAACUUUCAAAUGUUGGGUUCAUAUUGAAGAGGUAGUGUAGUAGUGAUAGUAUGAAUACUGUAGAAGUAGCAGUAGCAGUUGUUAUUGUAGUAGUAUUAGUUAUUGUUGUAUUAUUAGUAGCAUGUAUAACAGUGCUAGCUCCACUAGUAGUAGCAAUUGUGGUAUGGGGAGCAGAAGUAACUGUAGCAACAGUGGUUGUAACAGCGUUCAUAGUGGACGGUAUCAUGGAAUCAACUGUCAAAGCAAUACUGAUGCUCCUGCCCCCCCCCCCACACACACACACACACACACACCACUGCAUGAAGGCCGUUCAUUCACCCAAAGCAACCACACCUUUGACACACCUGCAUCUGUGUCAAUUAAUCACAUGACCCCCAACAUGAGAACAGUGUUGAAGAGAGGACAUUUGUGUUUUGUUUUGUAAGAUGGCAGACCCCCGUCCUACUCCGACCCAUACGGACGGUGUCCCUAGAGGUCCAAAAUGCUCCAUGCCAAAUCCUUAACUCCAACUUUCCAUGGUCCUUCUUUUAUUGUGUACUUUUUAAACUGUUUGUAAAAGGAAGAAAAAAAACUCAUAGGAAACCCAUUUGUCUGUUGUAAAGUCAGUGAAGCAGAUGAAUGAGUACAAUGUACAUUGUUGAAGAAGUACAUCUGACGAAGUAUUAUGUGUUUGUUACAUACAGUAGAAUAAAACACACAGCCGUGGGUCACAUGCAUUAUAUUACUGUAUGUACCUCUGUACAUGUAGGGUUUCCUAAUGGAGACUACUUCUGUAAUAAAAGCAUGCAGAAUAUCUAUUGGAAUGUCUUUUUAAUCCAGGACUACACUGAUUCUGGGUCUGGGAAUCUGGACAAUAGUAUUGGAUUUCUGGUUUCUGUAUUGUGAAGCUUUCUAUGUACAGUUUGUCACCUGACUGUUUUAUUUUGAAGUCCUUUGGCAUUCAGUACUGUAUGUCAUUGUAAGCAUUUUGCUGUGUGCCAAAUGUAUUCUAAAGGAUGUGAAUGUGUACUGUUGGUUUUUGGAACUUAUUAAAUAUAAUGAUGUCAAAACAAA